CUCUGCUGUCGAUCGCCGCAUUUUCGUGUCAAUCUUGGUCAGAAGCGAGCCGCGGUAAUCUUUCCUUGCUGCCGGUGUUCUUCGUACUCCCCUCUUGCGCUCCCGUGUCUGAAUCGGAGCGACUCGCCCCCGCCGCUGAUAUUCGAGGGAACGAUUUGGUUGGGAUUUCGCGUUCGUAUAUAAGCUUAGGAGAGAUAUGUCUCUGAGAAUAAAGGCCGUGGUGGACAAGUUUGUGCAGGAGCUGAAGGAAGCCCUGGAUGCGGACAUUCAGGACCGCAUCAUGAAGGAGAGGGAGAUGCAGAGUUACAUCGAGGAACGCGAGCGCGAGGUUGCCGAGCGUGAGGCUGCUUGGAAGGCCGAGCUUUCUCGUCGUGAGGCAGAAAUUGCCCGACAAGAAGCAAGACUGAAGAUGGAGAAAGAAAACCUCGAGAAAGAGAAAAGCGUUCUGAUGGGUACCGCAUCUCAAGACAAUCAAGAUGGAGCUCUUGAAAUCACUGUGAGUGGUGAGAAAUAUAGAUGCCUCCGGUUUGCAAAGGCGAAGAAAUGAGGCAUUCAAAUGAAGGCGCAGGGGGGAGAUGAAGCCGGAACAAAGAUGUUCUGCCAUUUGAAACCGCAGCUAUAUAUUGGUAAUUUGGGGAACUUUGUCUCUAGAUUGGCAUUAUUCUUGUACAUUGGUGUCACAUCAACAGAGUUGAUGAAGUUCGUAGUCCUAUGAUGUGCUUUGUUCAAGCAAAGGGUGCUAAAUGUUAUUUCUCGAGAAUCAAGUGAAGGAAGCACAAAGGCUUUAACAAUGCAAUGCCACAUUCCUG